CUUCUUCCCCAUCGUUCCUCAUUUCAACAUCUCUGCAACUCGAAAAAAUCAAUAAAAUAAAAUUAAAAAAACCCCUUCUUGUUUGUCCAAACAUUAUAUCAAUAAAAGCUUAACAAAUUAAGCAAUCAAUUUCCUCCCAAUUCGAUGGGAAUUGAUGAUCUAUGCCAGACAGGAUUAGGGUUAGUUCUCCAGCUGGGGAUUUCCUCAUCGCUUGAUUUCAAAUCGCCGGCCGUCGCUUCCCUGCGGGAGAAGAAAUCUGAGCCGUCGCUGUCGCUCAGCCUCUCCGGCGAGCCGUCCGAUCAAAUUCAAUUAGAUAAUCUAUACGGUCAGGAUAGCGCGGCGUCGUCGAGCGUGAAGAGAGAGAGGGAGGGGGAGGAGGCCGUGGAAACCGAUAGGAUUUCAUCAAGGAUGAUCGGCGAUGAUGAUGACGAUGGAUCCAACGGUCGGAAAAAGCUCAGGCUCACCAAGGCUCAGUCUGCCCUCCUCGAGGAAAGCUUCAAGCGCCGCAGCACUCUCAAUCCCAAACUUAAGCAAGAUUUGGCGAGGGACUUGAAGCUCAGGCCACGUCAGGUUGAAGUGUGGUUCCAGAAUCGAAGAGCCAGGACUAAGCUGAAGCAGACCGAAAUAGACUGCGAGUUCCUGAGGAAAUGCUGCGAGUCGUUGGCGGACGAGAACCGGCGGCUGCAGAAGGAGCUCCAGGAGCUGAAGUCCCCGAAGCCAUCUGAGCCGCUGUACAUGCAGCUCCCGGCGGCUACGCUCGCCGUCUGCCCUUCCUGUGAGGAAACAGCCGCGGCUAAGACCGCAUUCACUAUGGCUCCGAAGUUCACUUCCUUCACCAAUCAAUCGGCGGCUUGCUAAUCUCGGCUCGGCUCCCUUAAUUACAAAACACGUAUACGAUACAUGUAUUUCAUAUACAAUACGUAGCUUUUUAGAAAAUUAUAGAUAUAGGAAAAACAGAAAAAGGAUAAUUGAAGAUAUUAUAUUUUAAUUUGUUAAUUAUAUAGGGACGUUGGAUGUAAAUAAUUAGUUACAUAUUAAUUUUAUAAAUAUAAUAGUGUGUUUCAAAAUAGAAUGUAAAAUCAUUUGUGUCCAGCAUACUUUCACCUUAAAAAUAUA